GUUGUCAUACGCUACAGUUUGCAGAGCUCCAUCAUCAAGAACUUCCAGCAGGAGCAUCUCCGUUACAAAGAGGCAAAAACCACCGCUACAGGUGCAGGGAAGACGUCCUCCCCCCCAGCAGUCCCAUUAUUCCCAGUGUUACUAACAGGCUGAGAACUAAUCAGCACAGGCUUCCGUGGAGCAUCUUCCAGAGCAGCUGCGAAACAUGAAAUUGCUGUGUUGCGCCUCCCUGCUAUUCCUCAUCAACUCCGUGUUUCAAACAAAUGCACUGAUAACAUGUGGAACCAACCAGUUCCAGUGUGGGAAUGGGAGAUGUGUCACAGUGAGGUGGGUGUGCGAUGGCACCGAUGACUGUGGAGAUGGCACAGAUGAACUUCCUGGUACCUGUGCAAUCAAAACAUGUAAACCAACAGAGUUCAGCUGUGCAGACCGCCUUAACCAGUGUGUCCCCAGCGUGUGGCGUUGUGAUGGAAAAGCUGACUGUGAGAAUGGAGCUGAUGAGCUGAGCUGUGUGGCCAAGCAGUGCACAGACUCCGAGUUCCGCUGCAAGAGCGGCCAAUGCGUGUCGUCCUCUUUUGUGUGUGAUGACGACGUGGACUGCGAGGACGGCAGCGACGAGGAUUCCUGCCCACCCGUCACCUGCAGUGCCACUUCCUUCCAGUGCAACAACACAGUCUGCCUUCCUCACCUGUGGGCCUGCGACGGAGAUCCCGACUGCUCCGAUGGCUCAGACGAGUGGCCCGAGACCUGCGGAACAAAGGCUCCUGCCCUCGUGGGUAUUCACCACUGCUCCUCGCUGGAGUGGCGCUGUGGCAGCGGAGAGUGCAUCCAUGUUAGCUGGAAGUGUGAUGGACAGGCUGACUGCCUUGAUCGAUCCGAUGAAGCUGAUUGUGUUCAUGCCACCUGUCGUCCUGAUGAGUUUGAAUGCGGUGAUGGUACUUGCAUCCAUGGGACCCUGCAGUGCAACCAUCAAUAUGAUUGCAGGGACAUGAGUGAUGAGACUGGCUGUGUGAAUGCCACUCGCUGCGAGGGCCCAGCCAGGUUUAAGUGCCGCAGCGGGGAGUGCAUUAGCAUGGAGAAGGUGUGUGAUAAGCGCCGUGACUGCAGGGAUUGGUCAGAUGAGCCUCUUAGGGAAUGUGAUUCCAAUGAGUGCCUGUACAACAACGGCGGGUGCUCUCAUAUUUGCAAAGACCUGAAGAUUGGCUAUGAGUGCCUGUGUCCCUCUGGAUAUAGCCUAGUUGACAGAAGGCGCUGUGAAGAUAUUGAUGAGUGUGCCAACCCAGACACCUGCAGUCAAAUCUGCAUCAAUCAGAUGGGCAGCUACAAAUGUGAGUGUGAGGAGGGUUACCAAGUUGAUCUAGCAACCAAAGCCUGCAAGGCCAUUGGAACAAUAGCCUACCUUUUCUUCACUAACCGUCACGAAGUCAGAAAGAUGACUUUGGACAAAAGUGAAUACACAAGAGUAAUCCCUCGCCUGAAGAACGUCGUGGCUCUUGACAUGAACAUGGCCACCAAAGAGAUCUACUGGUCAGACAUGUCCCAGAAGAAGAUCUACAGAACCCCAAUGGACUCGGCUGAAGACUCCACUCAGCACCACAUAGUGAUCGGUAAUGACAUUGAUGCUCCUGAAGGAAUUGCCUUCGACUGGGUUCAUGGCAACCUCUACUGGACAGACAGCGUCCGCGGGACGGUCUCCGUUGUAACUGCUGAUGGUAGUCGUCGCAAAACUCUCUUCCACCAGGACUUAUCAAAACCCCGCGCCAUUGUGGUUGACCCCCACAGCAAUUUUGUUUACUGGACCGACUGGGGGAAUCCAGCUAAGAUUGAGAAGGCAGGUCUUAAUGGAGGAGACCGCACUGCGCUGGUCAUUGACAACAUUGUGUGGCCUAAUGGCAUCACACUCGACCUGUUAAACCAGCGCCUCUACUGGGUGGACUCUAAGCUGCACACCCUCUCCAGCAUCGACGUUCAGGGCGGUGGUCGCCGUACCCUCAUCAUUGAUGAACACAAACUAGCUCACCCACUGGGACUCACUGUAUUUGAGGAAAAAGUGUUCUGGACAGAUGUGAGUAACAGUGCCAUCCUCAGUGCCAACAGACUGACUGGUGAGGACAUUGUGCCAGUGGCGGAGCAUCUAUCAUCACCAGAAGACAUCAUUCUGUUCCAUAACCUCAAGCAACCUGCUGGAAGAGACUGGUGUCAGGUGUCCAAUGGUGGUUGUGAAUUCUUAUGCCUGGCAGCUCCUCAAAUAGGAAGACAUCCCCCCAAAUAUACCUGUGCCUGUCCAGAUAACAUGAUGCUGGACAGGGAUAUGAGGACAUGUGUACCUGCUGUGCCAACACCUGCAGCACCUGGGCUGACUCAAGUUCCACCUACAAGCUAUCCUCAUCUGGUGCCAGUGCCACCUAGGACCACACCCAGGACCAUACCUAAGACCACACCCAGGACUAUACCCAGGAUUACAUCCAGGACCACAGUGAAGCCUAAGGUCCACACCACCACCACAAUGCCUGUCGUAAUCCCCAGCACAGUGCUACGCAUUACCAAUCCUCCAAUCAGGUCCACCACACCCAAAGCAAGGACGACUUCGCCCCAUCCAGUGAAUCCUAAAAUCUCUCAGACCACCACACAAGCUCCAGUCACCUCUCCAGAUGUCCGGCAUAACUUUGCUGCAGCCCUACCCAACACAGAGUCUACCACCCCAAUAGCACUUUACGUGAUGUUACCUCUUGCAAUCAUUGGUCUGGUGGUUGUUGGUAGUGUUCUGCUCUGGAAGAACUACAGGCUGAAGAACACCAACACAAUUCACUUUGACAACCCCGUUUAUCAAAAAACCACUGAAGACCAAGUGCACAUUUGGAGGAGCCUUGAUGGUUACUCCUACCCAAAGAGACAAGUUGUAAGUUUGCAUGAAGAGGCAGACAAUCCAGUCUUUUUAGAAAACUGAAAAAAAGACCAGCAGAGUGGAAGGAGGAGCCUGAAUGAUAAACUACCUUCUUCAUCAUUUUUACCUCACACAGCACAAAGAUAUGGAGGUCAAAGCCUGUAUGUGACAACCUUAAACCACUAUAUCCUCAAAGGUGCACAGGUGUUCUACUGUGAACGUAGCAGAGUGAAUCAUUUUUUUUUUUUUUUUUUUAUCAAGGUGUACAUUUUUUCAUUCCUCACCAAAACAUACCAAAUCAUCACAUUGUGGAUUCCUUAAUCUUUUCAUUUUUACUUAUUAUAACGGUUAUGCUGGCAGUAUGAGUGGGGAACUCAUCGUUAUCAUCGUUAAAGGCAUUUAGAGUUGUAAAUAGCACACAGAGUGGCUGCUUUUGAUAAUAUUUUAUCUUGCAAUAUUUAUGAAUUAAAACAGCAGUUUGAGGAAAUAUUCACUAUUAUUUUUUUUUAGGUUAGAGUUGGAUGAAAAAGUUUAUAUUACAGUUACAUCUGCAAAUAAACUCAAAAGCUGUAGCCAGGAGGCAAUUAGCUUAGCUUUGCCUAAAGAGGAUAAGAAACGAUAAGACCAUUUAAAUAUGAAAUAUGAACGUGUUAUGGGUUUCUGUCUAUCCACACAAUAUGUUAACACAACAAGCUUUAGUUCUGUUUGGACAGAGUCUAGCUGGCUGUUUCUCUUUGUUGCCAGUCAUUUGGUUAAGCUAAGCUAAUUGCUGUAAGGUGCCAGCUCCAAAUUGAUCAUUGCAUAACUUCAAACAGGCCACAAAAUCAAGCUCAGCCCAUCAUUUGACAUCCUGCUAUACAUCCAAUUUUAGCAACUCUUAAGGCCUUUACACAAUAGAUGCGUAAAAUUCAUGCAAAUGUUUUACGCAUUAAAAUAUUUUUCAGACUCACCUGUUUUCAAUGCAGCCGUUCACAUGGAUCAUGUAAUUUUACAGGACGAAUUUGCUGCAUUUAUAAGUGAAUAAACAGAUCUAACCAGUCAGAUCACUGUAUUUGGCAAAAUGCGAGCUCAUAGCUCAAAACCCACACCGAGAUACUGAAUACAAAAUGCUAUGGAAAUAGUAAAAUAAUACUGUUAUACCUCAGACACACAAAUAGACGCUGCUCCAGGUCCAUCGGCUCUCUGAAAUUAUUUCCCUGCCUCCUCAGAUGCAGUCCCAACUCUACCAACAAGAGCUCAAAAUGCCCCCCUGACAUCCAGAAGUAUGUUGAUGUCUUGAUGUCAACCUUGUUUUCUUCACAGUGAAUUUUUUAAAAACACAAUCUGUCCGGAGUUUGUAUACAGGUUACAUGACAAGUUUUCAUCUGAAAAAUUUGGUGCAUAAAGGCCUUUAAACAGGCCCCUUUAUUUAAGCUGCUGCCCUAGCAAGCCACUUUGCAACCCGCCCCAGCCACAACACUGCCAACAGAGCCUUACUGCCAAACACAAAGUACUGCAGAUGGAAAUAAUCAUUUUAAUUAAAAAAAAAGUAGUGUGACUAAAUUAAAUAUUCCCUUUAUCUUUGUGUUCACUGGUUUUAUCCUGGAAGUGAUACUAUGGUUUAUUUAAACAAAAAGUUUAGCAUUUUGGUAUGCUUUUUAUUUUGUUUUUUUGCUAACAUUUACAUAAAAAUAUUCAUACCAUUCUUUUUUUUUGUAUGCUUAAUGUUUAGCUAUCAGCUGCUAAUUUGCUAACUUUGUUUAGCAUGAAGGCAGGAAUCAGGUGAAAGCAGCUAGCCUAGCAUCUCUAAAACCUUUUUGUUGAAUUCAUAUGAUAACAAAACUGCAAAGUGACUUAUCACCGCCUUACGGGUGAUAUUUCUUUUGGGGAAAACCAGGUAAUGGUUUCCAGUCUUAUGCUAACCUAAUCUAAUCUGCAGAUGGUAACAUAUUUACUAUACAGAAAGUGAAUAUCCAUUUUUUUCCUAAAAGAUCAUACUUUUUCUUAAAAAUUGAGCGCACAGCAGGUGAAUGUAAUAUUAGGAGUUACUUGUGCCCAUGACCGGUGUAUGUCACAUUGAUAUAUUGGCAUACUUUGUGUGUUUCACACCGGCAUCUGCCUCAGUAGUUGCGCAGAAAUAUAAUCCAAAAUAAGUUAAUGGUACUGCUGUUGUUAACCUCAAAGAAAUCUCAGCACAGUUUGUGUUUGUGCCUUUUUUUUAUACUGCAAUCUCUCUUCAGCAGAGAGCCUCAAGAUGCCUUUUCAGCUGUGCAAUGCCUGUCCAGUAUCUAUGCGCUGGAAAGGCAUCUUUAAAUUUUUAAUCCAUAUAUCUCUCUCAGGGGAUGUAGUACAUUCCUGAAAGGCUGAAAAGCAUUGAUUCAGCCACAUGUGACCAUAAAGGGUGUGUAUAGCGCUCUGUGCCAUGUCACAUGUACAUUUAAAUGCGCCCUUAGGACCGGUUGCCUUAUACCAGUAGCCCGACAAAAGAAUGCCAUGUGCCCAGACAGACUUUCCUGUUUGUUUGUGAUCAUUUAUUUGUAUUAUUGAGUGACUUUUUAUUGAAAGAUUUUCUUUGUGUUGGUGCUAUUGAGUGGAUUUGUAUAUAAUUAACGUGCCUUGCAUAUUGACGUUGGAGGAUGUGGUGGUGUUACAGUGCUUAACCAAUUUAUUAGACCACCACCCAAUGUGAGGUUUAUGCCACAGCUGCCCCAGAUUAACAGUGUUAGUAAUUAAAUCAUUUUUAGAUUUCUGUAAUGGCUACCUGUUUGUGCAAAUUCUUCCAUCAAAAUUUGGAAAUGAAAAUGUGAAUUCAGUUUGUUAUUUCCCUAAUAAAUAACAAUAUAAUUUUUCGCUUUAAAUUAUUUUUUGACAGAUUUUUUGUUUUCUUGUUUUUAUGACAAGUGGUCUAAUAAAUUUGUUAAGCACUGUGCAUGCAAGUGAUGUGUUUAUACUCAAGACAAUAUCAUCAUGGAAAUGAAGCUGUGCAAUUACCGACCAACAGUGCACACAAACCUGUAAAUACAAUGUUCAUACAAGUGUACAUAUUUGUACUUAACUGUUGUUGUUAAUAUUGUUUUAGCCUUUAAACAUUUGCUGUACAGAAAUAA